AUGGAGCCGGCCGCGGGUAGCGAGCGCCGCAGUCCCCCGAACCCUCCUGUCCCGCAGCCGACCCGGGGCCACGCGCCCUUGGCUGCCACCCCUGCCACGGGCCUGCCCAGCUCUCCGGCGCGGGAGUCCGAAGACGAGCGGCAGCUGCGGAUCAGUGAGAGCGGCCAGUUCAGUGACGGGCUGGAGGACCGAGGCUUACUUGAAAGCAGCACCCGGCUCAAGCCUCACGAAGCCCAGAACUACAGGAAGAAGGCCUUGUGGGUGUCCUGGAUCUCCAUCAUCAUCACGCUGGCCCUGGCCGUGGCUGCCUUCACUGUCUCCGUUAUGAGGUACAGCGCCUCUGCUUUUGGGUUUGCAUUUGACGCCAUUCUGGAUGUCCUGUCGUCAGCAAUUGUCCUGUGGCGUUACAGCAACGCGGCCGCUGUGCACUCUGCCCACAGGGAAUACAUAGCCUGUGUCAUCUUGGGGAUAAUAUUCCUGCUGUCGUCCAUAUGCAUAGUGGUCAAAGCCAUCCAUGACCUCUCUACCAGGCUGCUUCCAGAAGUGGAUGACUUCCUGUUCAGCGUCUCUAUUUUAAGUGGGAUCCUUUGCAGCAUCCUGGCCGUCUUGAAGUUUAUGCUGGGCAAGGUUCUCACCAGCAGAGCGCUCAUAACGGAUGGGUUUAAUUCCCUUGUGGGUGGCGUCAUGGGCUUCUCCAUUCUCCUGAGCGCCGAAGUAUUCAAGCACAACGCCGCAGUCUGGUACCUGGACGGAAGCAUUGGUGUGCUCAUCGGCCUCACCAUAUUUGCCUAUGGGGUCAAACUCCUCAUCGACAUGGUGCCAAGAGUGAGGCAGACUCGCCACUACGAGAUGUUUGAGUGA